GAUUUUUCAUCUAUACUGUGAACGACAACAUCACCCAUUUUUCGGCCCACUCCCACGACUCCGUCAUUCUGUUCAUCAUGGCAUUCUCUUUUCACCUCUUCCUUUCAUUCAAACUCUCUAUAACCCCCACAGUAUUUUCAGGAAAGUAAAAGAAGUAGAAAAUAAAUAAAGGAAAACUACAGGAGAAACUGUGAAGAAACACCCAUUUGAAUCAAGAAAUGGAAAUGGGAAUGGGUGUUUGGAUUUUGUUAUUUUCAGUUGUUACCCUUAUAAGCAAGUUGUCUCUUGCUCUCACUCCAGAUGGAGUGGCAUUGUUGGAACUGAAGAGCAGUUUGAAUGACAGUAAGAACUUGUUGAGUAACUGGAUAGAUUCUGAUGCAUCUCCAUGUCACUGGACUGGUAUUUCUUGCAGUCCCCGGGACCAAAGGGUUAUAUCUAUAAACUUGCCUUACAUGGAACUUGGAUUGAUUUAUCUAUCAAUGAAUAUGGGAUUGUUGUUACCUAGGGAUUUGUCAAGCAAUUCACUUAAGGGUGCUAUACCUUCCUCUCUCGGUCGUCUAAAACGUCUAAGAUAUUUAAAUUUGUCUACAAAUUUCUUGUCGGGUGAAGUUCCAGAUUUCGGAACACUAAGCACAUUUGGCAGAAAGUCGUUCAUUGGUAAUUUAGAUCUUUGUGGUCAACAAGUAAGCAAGCCCUGUCGAACUUCACUAGGAUUUCCUGCUGUGUUGCCUCAUGCUGGAAGUGAUCAAGCUGCAGUACCCUCUAAGAGGUCAUCCCGUUAUAUCAAAGGAGCAGUAAUUGGUGCAAUGUCCGCAUUGGGUUUUGCAUUUAUUUUGCUCCUUGGUUUUCUGUGGUUAAGGUUGCUGACCAAGAAAGAAAGGGCUGCAAAAAGAUACACAGAAGUUAAGAAACAAGUUCAUCAACAACCAAGUGCCAAGCUCAUCACAUUUCAUGGUGAUCUUCCCUAUCCUUCUUGUGAACUGGUAGAAAAGAUUGAAUCUCUUAACGAGGAGGAUGUUGUUGGGGCUGGAGGAUUUGGUACUGUAUAUAGAAUGGUUAUGAAUGAUUGUGGGACAUUUGCUGUUAAGAAGAUUGACCGGACUCGUGAAGGUUGUGAUGAAACCUUUGAGAGAGAGUUGGAGAUCUUGGGUAGCAUCAAGCACAUAAAUCUUGUCAAUCUUAGAGGAUACUGCAGACUUCCCACGGCCAAGCUUCUUAUCUAUGAUUACUUAGCUAUGGGCAGCUUGGAUGAUUUAUUGCAUGAACGUGUAGAUGACCGGACCUUGAAUUGGAAUGCUCGUUUAAGAAUAGCCUUUGGUUCUGCUAAGGGAUUGGCAUACCUACAUCAUGACUGCUGUCCAAAGAUUAUUCAUCGCGAUAUAAAAUCUAGCAAUAUACUCCUUGAUGAGAACCUUGAGCCUCACGUUUCAGACUUUGGUCUUGCCAAACUAUUGGUUGAUGAGGAUGCUCACGUCACAACUGUAGUUGCUGGCACAUUUGGCUAUUUGGCUCCAGAAUACUUGCAGAGUGGAAGAGCAACUGAGAAGUCAGAUGUAUAUAGCUUUGGGGUUCUACUAUUAGAACUCGUAACUGGAAAGAGGCCUACUGAUCCAUCUUUUGUAAAACGAGGAUUAAAUGUCGUUGGUUGGAUUAAUACGUUACUGAAGGAGAAUUGGAUGGAGGAUGUUGUGGACAAAAAAUGUGGGAAUGCUGAUGCAGAGACUGUAGAAGCAAUCGUAGAAAUUGCAGCAAGAUGCACUGAUGCAAAUCCGGACAAUCGUCCUACAAUGCAUCAAGUACUUCAGUUUUUGGAGCUAGAGGUCAUGUCACCUUGCCCUAGUGACUUCUACGAGUCUCAUUCAGAUAAAUCUUGAAAUCGUGUUUUUUCCACUAAAUUGCAUCGUAAUAUCUGCCACCUUUUUGAUACUGUAGCCGUCUCUGGGAUAAUAUAUUUUACAUUCAUGGAAAUGGUGAAUGAGUGUAUUCUACUCUGCGAAUGGUGUAUAUAUCCCCGCCUUAUUUAUUUGAGGCAUUUUCAUCUGGGAA